AUUCUCAGUGUUUUGGUAAUGGCGUUCGGCGACAACAAUAACAACAUAAAUAUAAUGUAUGAACAUCUACAACUGUUGAGUGAAUACUAUUAUGUCAUUCGUUUUCUUCUAUAAUGAUCUAAUUUACAGAUAAAACUUGUUCGGAUACAUUUUAAUCAUAUUGUGUUAAUCCCCAUUGAUUAUUAUUUCGCGAAUCGUUUUCUUGUCCCAUUCGACUCAUCCGCGCGCCGUCAAGUGACAGACGGUUCAUUGAUUACGUUACGCGUUUUUGAAAUGGCGAAUUUUCGUACCCGUCCGAGGUCCAGUCAAACAUUAUCGUCUCAUUUGCAGACGAUGAAAGCGUCAGCCACUAUCUGCUAGAAUCUAGGCUAGAUGAUCGAUAACGUUUCCAACUGAAAACAUCGCCGUGACAGUUUUAGAAAAUAUGAGCUCGAAAAAGCAACCACCAAGAAUCAUGGUCUUUAGACCCACAUGGGCUGAGUUCCAAAAUUUCAGCAGAUAUAUUGAAUACAUGGAAUCUCAAGAUGCUCAUAGAGCUGGCAUUGCUAAAGUUAUACCACCACCCGAAUGGAUACCACGAAAAACAAGUUAUUAUCAAGAUGAUAUUAUGAGUUUAAAAAUUCCAGCUCCGAUAUGUCAGGUUGUACAAGGUAAACAAGGAUUAUAUCAACAACUUAAUAUACAGAAGAAACCUAUGACAGUUGCAGAUUAUAAAAUCAUGGCAGAGUCUGAAGAUUAUAAAACACCCAAUCAUUUUGACUAUGGUGAUCUUGAGAGAAAAUAUUGGAAAAAUAUUAUUUAUAAAUCUCCAUUAUAUGGUGCUGAUGUGUCAGGAUCUAUCACUGAUAAAGAUGUUGAUGUAUGGAAUAUUAACAGACUUGGUACAAUAUUAGAUUAUGUGAAUGAAGAUUAUGGUAUCAGUAUUGAGGGUGUCAAUACAGCUUAUCUUUAUUUUGGUAUGUGGAAGACAUCAUUUGCUUGGCAUACUGAAGACAUGGAUUUAUACAGUAUAAACUAUAUUCAUGAAGGUUAUCCUAAAACAUGGUAUGCAAUCCCUCCGGAACAUGGACGUCGUUUAGAAAGAUUAGCUACUGGAUUUUUCCCAACUGAUGCGGCAACAUGUCCUGCAUUUCUUAGACACAAGAUGACUGUUAUAUCUCCUCACAUGUUAAAACAGUAUUCCAUACCAUUUAACAAAAUAACUCAGGAGAGAGGUGAAUUCAUGAUAACAUUUCCUUAUGGUUAUCAUGCUGGAUUUAAUCAUGGAUUCAACAUGGCUGAAUCAACCAAUUUUGCAUCACCACGUUGGGUUGAAUAUGGAAAAAGAGCUUCUCAGUGCCGUUGUCGACAAGAUACAGUAAAAAUUAGCAUGGAUACAUUUGUCAAACGAAUACAACCUGAAAAAUAUGAAUCGUGGCUUCAAGGAAACGAUAUUGGUCCUCAUCCUGAAGAUCCAUCUCGUGUAUUUGCUGCACCUUUACCAAGUGAAAGGGACAUACUGUGCAAUAGAAACAAUCUAGGAAUUCCAAAACUUUAUUUAGAUUCUGGAAGGAAACGCCACCCUGUAUCUCAUAAACUCCCAGAUUCUGAACUAUUUGAUGAUCAAGCUAAUACAAGUAAAGAAAUGUAUGUGCCUCCUUCAGAUGUCAGAGAAAUGAUACGUGAACUAGAUGAUAAAGAAUAUGAUGAUGAACUUAAUGAUGAACAAAGAGAAGUAAUGGAAGAUAUUUGGCUUAAAGCGGAUGAAAUGGAUGUUACUGAAGUAUCUUAUAAUAAUGUUGGGUCCAGGCUAAUGAAAAAAAAUGAUAGAAUCAUAGAUGAUAUGGAAUUAACAAGUGAUAGUGAUUACAGUUAUGGCUCAGAGAAAAAAAGCAAAAAGAAAAGGUCAAGAAAGAAAGAGUCAAAAAGAAGUACCAAAUCCAAAAAAAGUAAAAAAUCACAAAAAACAAAAUCUCGGGCAAAAAAAAAAGUUGUCCGAUUACCAAUGACUAAUGUGAGUGAUGAAGAUAGUGAAUGUGACAUUGAAAAAGUUUUAACUAUGCCCAUAAAUGCAGAAACCUUCAAUUCUAUGGAUAUAAAACGUCAUUCAGAAGAUUCUCAAAUUGAAAAAUGUUUUAAAACAAAUGAUUCAGAUUCCACAGUUUUCAACAAUAUAAAUAAUGAUUACUUAUUAUUUAAUAAAGGUGAUUUAUAUACCAAUAAUGAUACAAAUUUAUUAAAACCAAUACCACCUAUUAAGUUGGAAACUUCAUGUAACUCAACUCAUACCAAUUUAACUCAUCAGUACAAUACAAAACACCAACAACAUACUUAUGUUAAAACAACUCCAUUAAUAUUGUCUCCAGCUGUAAAUAUAAUACCAAUAAAACCUGGGAGGCAUUAUUUGACAGUUGAAAAACCAACUCUUGAGCCCAUACGUAAAAAAGAUGAUAACAUCAUUGAAGUUGUACCAAAUAAUAUAAGUCCGUUGGUUAGCACUAAUUGCACAAUUUUUACCGAACAACAAUAUAAUAUAUUUAGGAGUUUAGAUGAACCAUAUUGUUCAUUGUGUAUGAUGUUUAAUCGUAAAAAGUUAACUUUCAAUUUGGAUUGGCGAGAUAAAGCAUUAUCUGCUAUGAAGCCAAUAUUACCCAUUUUACCUAAAUCAAGCAAAACAUUAUUCUUAAAUGCAAUUAAAGGUUCUGACAAAUUUUCUAAGACAGAUCUCAUCAGAUGUAACAAUUGUUAUUUAACUGUUCAUCACGUGUGUUAUGGUAUUGAUGUUGACAAAGGUGCUUCAUGGUUGUGUGAUCGUUGUGAAGCAAAGUCAUUUAUUGCUCCAUGUGUGUACUGUCCAUUGAAAGGAGGUGCUUUAAAAAGAACUUCAAAUAUUUUAUGGGCACAUAUUGAAUGUCAUCUUCUUGUUCAUGGCAGUAGUCCAUUAAGUAACCUUCAAUUUUCAACAGAUUUUUCAUCCAACACUAAGUGUGUGGUGUGUAAUUUAACGUGUGGUAAAUGUUUCCGUUGCUCUGAAGGAGAUUGUGAAUCUUGGUUUCAUAUUUCUUGUGCAAUAUUUGCUGGAUUUGAAUUUCAAAUUGAUCGACCAAGCAGACAUACAUUUAUAAUUCAUUGUAGUAACCAUUGUUAUGUACGGGAAAAACAAAUGGAAAUUCGUAAAAACCAAAAAGUAUGGGCAAAGCAUUCACAAUAUAAUAGAAUUGCUAAAUGUCAAAUUUUGAAAGUUGAUAAAAUUCCAUUAUGCAUUGUAGAAUUCAAUGAUGGUUCAAUAUCAGAUAAUAUUGGUCUUAAAGAAAUUAAGAACUAUAAAACAAAUUAUCCUCCUAUUAACAAAGAUAUAGAAUUGGAAUGUGGCGAUAAAGGUGUAUUUUUGGGAUUAAAUUAUAAACCUAUAUUUACAGUCAAAUUUGUUGAUGGUACAUCAUGUUGUUUAUGUCUUGAGGAUAUAUACAGUGAUGAUGAAUUUGUUAUUAAACGUUUAAAAGCGCAAGCCAAGCGAGGAUUAGCUAAAUAUCAAAAAGAUAAUAAUUAUAAUCUUUUAUAAUUAUCUUAUAGUUUAAAAUAUUCAGUGUAUUUGUUAUAUGAUUAAAA